AUGGAGGAGAUAAUUUAGAUGGAUAAAAUUUAAAAGAAAAUAAGAAGAAAUGAUGAUGAUUCAUUUAUUGUAUAAUAAAGUGAUUAUAAGGAUAAUUAUGAUAUUGAAAUGUUUAAGUUGUCGAUGGAAAUGGAAAUGAUGGCAAUCUUGAAUUUAAUUUGAAUAAAUUCAAGACUGAUUAUGUGGGAUCUAAAAAAUUAAAGAUAUAUGAUUAAAAAGAAAAAAUAUUAAAUUUUUAAUAGGAAAAUAGAAAGAAGAAGCUGUAAAAGAGAAAAAAGAAGAAGUAUAAAAAAAAUAAUUUGCUAAAUUAUCAUAAGUGUAGAAACCUACUUUAGUUAAAAAAUUAAAAAUUAAUGAAAUUGUAAAGAAAAUUAAUAAUCCAAAAAUACUCUUAUUUGAUAAAGAUAAUUUUUGAUUAUACUUUGUCUUAAAUUCAUAAUGAAAAUAAUUCAUAAUUGUGA